UUCGUGUCUCCGGCUACUCGUCUCAUCUCUCGCGGUGAAGAUGGCACUCCUCCUUUGCCUUGCUGCAUCGUGCCUUGCUCUCGGGGCAGCGGCGCCUCUCGUCUCCCAGCCGCCACCUCGGGCCUGGUCGCUGGACAGCCCCUCCGAAGUCCCUCCCGUCCCCUCCUUCGCCCGGGACGACCGCGACGAGCCCCUCGUCAGGGAGCGGCGGCAGACGGCGGGCCUGAAUGCCGAGAGUCUCGCCCUCAGACACGACAGUCCAGUUGGUGAGCCAUUCCAUGACACCCACGUAAGAGUGGACGAAGGAACCAAUUCCUUGCACUACGGCGGCGGAGUCGGCGCUGUCCUCGGCAAGUCUUCCGAUGGGCGACACUCCGUAGGUGCCGCGACGUACGCCCAGCAGUCGGUCUUCGGCGGUGACACUUUGUCGUUCUCUCAUCCCAACCUCGGCGUAGGCGUCGGCUACAGGUACAACGGCGACAAAAAUUCUGUCGCUCUCGGCGCCAAUGCUGAGUCGUUCGCCGGAGGCGUCACUAAAAAGGGAGCAUCCCUGAACCUGGAACACCGACUCAAUGACCGACACUCCCUCUUCGGCGGCAUCUCUCGGGGCAAGACCGAUUAUAAUGGACUGUUUUCACGCACGGACACAGACGCCAACUUGGGUUACCGCUACAACCUCAACGACAGGACGUCCCUCAGCGUCACCGGAACGCAUAGAAACUCUGAUUUCGGUCCAUUAGGAGACAGUUCUGACAAAUCCAUCUUUCUGCGUCUAAACUCCAAAUUCUGAGUUUCUGAGUUUUUCGCUCGAGUCCGAUGAGGAAUUGUUCAUCUGAGUUACUUUUGCAAUGUAUUGGUGCAUUUUUGUCCUUUUGACUCAAUAAAGAUGGUAACUAAA